AUGGUGAGACGACGUCGUUCCAUGUCACAGCAUGUUGAUAUCUUCAAGCGUGCUCCCAUUGAAGAAUCAAUUGAUCCUUCUUCAGCUGUCUCUUCCAAGACCGAAGUGAAUAAACCACCACCCUCCUCCUCCUCUUCAGCUUCACCAAAACCAACACCAACACCAUCGUCGACCCAAUCGUCCAAUCCGAACCCAUCUCCAAGCUCGCUGUCAUUUGCCAAUGACCCUUCACAAUCGGUUAUCGCUUUUCCAGAACCCAGCAGCACGACAACGACGUCGUCUAGUCAACCAAGCAGCAGUAGCAGUGUAGCUUCAACGACAACUAAAGCAUCUAUUUCAAGUGCUGAUCCACCAUCCAGCUCAAGCAGUAGUAGUAGUAGUAGCACUGGAACACCAACCGCUGUAUCCGAUACGCAAAGUGAUAAUUCAAGUGCUAUCUCUGGAGGUGCCAUUGGAGCCAUUGUGGCCAUUGUAGUGAUUAUUAUACUUGGAUUUGCCGCCUUCUUUUUCAUCAAGCGACGACAGAAACGGAAAGCUGAUGGAACGUUGAACAACAAUAACAGCAAUGACCGUCUCACUCGAUUCUCAAUGAUGGGUCCCACUUACAAUGCUACUGGUUACACUACCAAUGCUGCACAACAACAACCACAACAACAACAGGCAUUCAAUAAUAUGGCAGCAGGCUAUUACAAUAACGAUGCAUCCAUGGGUAUGCCUACUCCAUAUUCACCACCGCAUCCUGCAAUGGCACAACCUGCUCAACCACCCAUGAUGAUGGCAUCACAACCACCACCACCACCACAGCCUAUGGAACAACAACAACAUCUUCAGCCAUUGCAGUUAGCACCUCCUACUUCUGCAUCUCAACCAUGUAUGGGUGCCCAACCUUUGACAGUGGCUGCUGGAUCAGCCCCUGAACCCAUGUCAGCAACCAUUAUCACGACACCAACCACUCCUGAACACCCUGAUUCACUUUGGCAACAACAACAACCACCGCCACCGCCACAGCAACAACAACAACAAUCUCCUCCAAUGAUGGCUGCUAUUCCUACUAUGCCAUCAUCCCAACAACAUCAUCAACAACAAGUGAUUGGCACUUAUCAAGUAGCUGCAGGCUAUACACCCACAUUAGCUGACGAGAUUGAGGUGCGAAUAGGCGACCAUGUACAGGUUUUAGCUGAAUACGAUGAUGGAUGGUGUAUGGGUACCAACUUGACAACAGGUCAACAAAAUGGCAUGUUCCCCAUGCAAUGUCUUGGUGCUGCCGUUUCAUCCACAGUCCCUGAUCCUUCCCACCAGCAGCAGCAACAACAACAACAACAACAAUCCCACCAGCUUGUUCCUAAUCAACCACAACAAAUCAAUCAUCGACUCAGCUCGUUAUAUACAGGUCCCGUGGUUGCCGAAGCACCUUCCAUGUCGCACGCGUAUUAG